CCACAAAAUGAAAAAGAAAUCAUUCAUCGUGUGUGUGUGUCGCCAAUCGCCAUUCCCCAGCCAUGUAUCAAGCUUACUUCAAUAACAAGUUCACAAAUUCACUUGUGUACUACGUGUCCUUGUUACUUUUACUUCUCAUUUCACCUUUUCUUUUCAUUUGGGAACUCAUCACCACCCUCCGAUCAUGUUUCCAUCCUAUCGAAAACAUGUCCGGAAAAGUGGUUUUGAUCACAGGUGCUUCAUCGGGACUUGGAGAGCUCAUGGCUUACGAAUAUGCAAAAAGAGGUGCAUGUUUAGCUAUUGUUGCGAUAAAAGAACCAGAUAGUCGACUCGAGAAAGUAGCAGAGAGAGCCCGUGAACUCGGCUCUCCCGAUGUUCUUUUCAUAUUUGCCGAUGUGUCAAAGGUUGAUGAGUGUAGGAUGUUUGUGGAUGACACCAUUAAACGUUUUGGUCGUUUGGAUCAUCUUGUUUGUAACGCGGGAAUCGCAAACCUUUAUUCAGUCAACAUUGAUAUCACCAAAUUCGCACCCGUUAUGGACAUAAACUUUUGGGGAUCGCUUUAUACAACUCAUUUCGCAAUGCCACAUGUCAUGAGAAGCAGCGGGAAGAUCGUCGUCAAUGCUUCUUGUGCUGGAAUAUUGAACCCACCGAAAGGAGGAUUUUACAAUACAAGCAAAGCAGCAUUGAUAAGCUUCUAUGAGUCCCUCAGAUUCGAAGUGUCACCGAGAGUAACGAUAGUAAUCUUGACUCUUGGUUUCAUUGAAACAAAUAUCAUAACAGCCAAGUAUUUAGGUAAAGGUGUUGGUGUGGCUCUAAGAAAAGAUUUUAAUAGCUUGCUCCCAACAAUGGGGGCAGAGCCAUGUGCCAUAGCCAUUGUCGAUGGAGUAUGCAAAGGAGCAACAUCCAUUACAGAACCAAGGUUCGUGAAGGUUCUCUUUCUGGUCAAGUUCUUGUUCCCAGAACUACAUCAGUUCUACCUGAGUAAGUUUUAUCGCUCGAAGUCCAAGAAGAAUAAGAAGGGAUAGAUAGCCCUUUGCAAGAAGGUUGAUACUAUCGUAGUAUGGAGCAUGAUUCGAAUGGUACUCAUUGAUCGUGCUUUUGAGUUGUUCUAAUGUGUUUAAUGAACUUUGAAAUAAUGGGUGAAUUGCUAAAGUUAUUCAAAUAAUUAUACUAUUUAGUAAAUUACAUAAAUGAUCCAUGUGGUUUGGGUUUAGUCUAA